AUGGGGUUCACCAAGGAAGUUGUCCAAAGCGGUAGUGGCGCUAAGCCUCAACGUGGUCAAAAAGUGACGGUGCACUGUACGGGAUACGGCAAAAAUCGCGAUUUGACGCAAAAGUUUUGGAGCACGAAAGAUCCCGGUCAAGAGCCCUUUACUUUUGCGGUUGGUCUCGGACAAGUCAUCAAAGGGUGGGACGAAAGUGUAAUUGAUAUGAGUAUCGGUGAAAUUGCCAAGAUUCACUGCAGUCCAGAUUACGCUUACGGCCCGGGAGGGUUCCCGGCCUGGGGUAUCAUGCCAAACUCAGAGUUGGUGUUUGAAAUUGAAGUCUUGAGCUAUGCCUAGAUCGUGAACUUGCAAUUUUAUACAUAUUGCUCUUAUACUUCAUGAGCUGUACACGAAUGCUCUACAGACGAAGCCGAUAGAUCUCCAGCACGGCAUCAAUUGGGUUCAGGUCAUCAACGCAGUAAAAUACAUUCAAUUCAAGCAUGCAGCAAAACUUUCACAAUGUAUAGCCAGCAAGGCCUUUUAUGAUUCUGCUAAAAAUCUUUCUUGUAUCGCU